UAUUUUGGCUUUUGGCUGUUUUGCGUGGACGAAAGUUACACAAAAACAUCCCUAAAUAGUGUGUUGUAUCAUUUUGAAGCAGUUGUCUUCGAGAAGAUGACUUCUGAAGUGGAUAAAGAAGAAAAACCUAGCGAUGAAGCACCUGAAAACCCAGAAGAAAAUGAGAAAGCUGCUCUUUCUGAAUAUAUAUCUAACCUAGAGAACAGACUUAAACAGAAAUCGGAGUUGCGGAGUCAAAAUUUAAAUUGCCAGCGACCCCCUGAAAACCAUUUCUCAAAACUCGAAUCUGGUUUGAAAAAGAAUACAACCUUUGUUAAGAAACUUAAAUCAUUUAGUGCAACACAGAUUGAUACACUUCUCAAAGAUUUCAGUACUCUGAAUCUUACAAAAUACAUUUCUGAGGUAGCAGCUGCAAUAGCAGAAGCUAAGCUGAAGAUGUCGGACAUCCCAGCAGCCAUAACUUUGUGUUCUGCUCUCCACAAAACUUAUGCUGAUUUUUCGUCUAAUUUCUUUGAAAAUUGGCAAAAGAUUUUGAGCUUUAAAACCACAGACAAAAUCACAAACUCGUCUAAAUUGCGCGUGGAUAUAAGAUUUUAUGCAGAGUUAGUUGCUGUGGGCAUAUUUGCAAAUAAAACAGGGUUGCCAUUGCUAGGAAAUGUGCUCACAGUGCUGAUAAACAUGGAUAAGGAGGAGCAUAACAACAUCCCAAUACUCCUGUCCUUCUGCAAGCACUGUGGAGAAGAUUAUGCUUCAUUGGUGCCUAAAAAAAUAAGAGAUACAGCAGAGAAAUACAAUGUAACUAUUCCAAGGAACACAUUUUUGCCUGCUGAGAAACAGACUGCAGUGCGAACAUUAUUAAAAGACUACUUUGCGUCCCUGACAAAGCACCUGUUAAAUGAAAGAGCUCAGCUGCAAGCCCUUCAUGCAGCCAAUCAGAGAACUCUCCACACAAGAGGAGAGCUCUCUCAGGAGAGGAAAGACCAAUUGGAACAACAUCAGGCAACCUACGAUAAACUAUUGGCGGGUGCGCAAAGUUUCGCCGAAGUACUUGGUGAAGAGCUAGGGGAAGCUGGAGAGCCUCCAAUCUUAUCCCUAGCAGUGACAGAAGCUCAGGGCACCGUUACUAUUGGUGGAGGUGAGGAGUUCACCCUUCAGGCUGGUGCAGACCCGUGGCAAGACGAAGAUACUAGAACAUUCUACACUAGCUUGCCAGACCUGAAAGUGUUCAUGCCCAAUUAUCAGAUGAAGGAGGUAAAAACUGCAGUAAAAAAUAAGACAGAAACAGUGACUGAAGAAAUGCUGGAUGAAGAUCUUAAAGAGGAUGAAUUGAGUGACAGCGAAGAACCACCAACAGUACCUGAUGUGGAGCAAGAAGAAUCACAGCCUACUAAUAUUUCUAAUAAAUACGCUCUUGAUGCAUUUAUGAAUGAACUGCCAAACUGUAUCAACAGAGAACUCAUCGACAAUGCUGCAGUAGAUUUUGUACUGAAUCUCAACACGAAAAAUAACAGGAAAAAGCUCACUAGAGUCUUGUUCAGCGUAGCGAGAACAAGGCUCGAUUUGUUGCCAUUUUAUUCGAGAUUCGCUGCAAUAUUGUAUCCUGUACUGCCUGAUGUGUGUGUGGACCUGUGCCAAAUGUUGAAACAGGACUUCAAAUAUCAUGUCAGGAAAAAGGAUCAGAUUAAUAUUGAAUCUAAGAUUAAAGUCGUUAGAUUUAUUGGUGAACUAGUCAAAUUUGGGAUGUACUCAAAGAUGGAAGCAUUGUACUGCCUGAAGGUACUUUUACAUGACUUCAAACAUCACCACAUUGAGAUGGCAUGUAACUUGCUGGAGACUUGCGGCAGAUAUUUGUACUGUAAUCCUGACACACACCAAAGGACAAUGAUCUAUCUUCAACAAAUGAUGAGAAAAAAGACUGUUUCAGCACUGGACUCGCGUUACGUAACUCAGAUUGAAAACGCAUUCUAUUACGUGUGUCCACCCGAAGCGCCAGCGCAACCUAAAGAAGAAGAGGCUCCUAUGCACCAGUUCAUUAGGAAAAUUCUGCACGAAGACUUGCAAAAGAGUAAUGAAGAAAAGAUCUUGAGAUUGAUGAGAAAGCUUAAUUGGGACGAUCCUGAAGUGGCGGCGGUAGCUACGUUGCACUUAGCUGGUGGAUGGAGGGUGAGGGCUAGUGCACGCAGAGCCUUAGCGCGUCUGACUGCGGAGCUCGCGGCGUGGCAGGAAGCCGUGGCCCCCGCUGUAGUAGACACCAUACUCGAAGAAAUCCGAGUCACCAUGGAAGACCCGCACCCCAGAUACAAUCAAAGAAGGAUAGCGACGGUCCGUUACCUCGGAGAGCUAUACAAUUACAAGUUAUUAGAUUCCCGCGAUGUCUUCACCGUCCUUUACUCCUUCAUAACGUUUGGAGUAACUAACGAUCACAGCAGUGUUUCGCCUCUUGAUCCGUCAGACAACGUGUUCAGAAUAAGAUUGGUCUGUGCACUGUUGGAGACUUGCGGUGCCUAUUUCAAUAGUGGGUCUAGCAAAAAGAGGCUUGAUUAUUUCUUAGUUUUCUUCCAGAAUUACUACUGGUUCAAAUAUUCCGAUCCUUAUUGGAUUGAAGAAAACAAGUUUCCUAUUUACGUGAAGUACAUUUAUCAGGAGUGUUUGAGUACACUGAGGCCGAAAUUAAGCCUGUUCACGAGUUGGCAGCAGUGUAAAGAUGCAAUAGAAGAUUUGCGACAAACUUUGUACCCUGAACUGGGUGAGGACGAACAAUAUGACAAUGAGGAACAAGGGGAAGACAGUGUCAAUGAUGGGUUGGACACUAUCAUUGAGACUGACGAUGAAACCGAUAACCCUCAGCUACCAGAAGAGAGCUCGGACGAAGAGCCAAUCACGGAAAAUGCGGGCAAUGACGAGAAUGACGUUCAGGAAGAUAUUGCCAUUGAGCCAAGAAGACCAGCUCCAAAACCGGUCGAGGACGUAGAAUUUGAGUCGGCAUUUGAAAAGAUGGUCAUGGAGAAUAUAGCUGAACGACAACGUGAAAACAGACCUCAACAGAGGGACAUCGCUGUGCCAAUGACUUGCCGGCAGACCACUAAGAAGACUUACGAGCAGUUAAUGCAAGGAAAGGAAGGUGUGGAGUUCGUGUUGAUGGUACGCAAAGGCACUAAGCCCCAGUACAAGUCGUUCAACGCGCCACCAGAACUGGCUAGCAACUUACAGCAGCAAGCCUUGGUAGAUAAACAAGAGAUGGAGCGCGUGAAAAGGUUGACUUUGAACAUAUCAGAAAGGCAAGAGGAGGAAGAAUAUAGCGCAGAGAGCGGCGGUGGGUCCGGCGGCAGCGGCAAUCCCAACCGGGGUCAACACGUCAGACAGAAGUACCAACAUCCGAAGGGCGCCCCCGACGCAGACCUUAUCUUUGGCCCGAAAAAAUUCAAAUGAUACAUAAAGUUUUCUUACUCUGAUGAGGACUAAAUACAUAAGACGCGUUGAAAAGGAAUAAGUCGUGAAGAUUCGCUGUUAUUCCACAGCGGCGGGUGUAACGAUGACUACCAGACUAUUUUGUAACUUAGUCAAAUAAAAUACUUUUUACCGAGCGUCAAAACGAAAAUUUUCCACUGAAUUUGUAUGGACAUACGUGGGGAAUACUGUGCGUGUGACGUCAUCGAUAAAAGCAGUCAACCAUCCUACUCAUUGUUUCUUAAUUAGUGAUUAAAAUUCGAAAAUUAUUCAAAAAGAAUAAUGAGAUUGUUAUUUGAUCGUCUUCGACUGGCUUCUAUUUCUAGAUUAGCAUUGUAUCUGCGAGGGAUUUUUCUGAAUAUAAUUUUGAUAAUACACAAGUACACAUUUGGUUUUGGCUGCUGUCAAAUGUGGAUUGGGGUGCCUUUAGACGAGUAGUGUUCGCUUAAUGAAUUCUAUGUUGACUUUAUUUUUUGUUCCUGCAAAUGUUUCAUGAAAAUUAUAUUUUUUAAUAAUGUUAAUACUGAUUUUAGCUAUUCUCAAUCAAUAUUGUUAUCUACUGUGUAACGUUACGUAAUUACAAAUGCAUUACAAUGUAUAACAGAAAAUAAGCUGCUUUUAUGAAUAAAGAGAAAAUUAUGUCA